UCUUCGUCCUCAUCUCUCUCUUCCUCUAUCUGUUAUUUCUCUUAGUCUUUCUGCAAAUCUCUAAAUCUCAGCACCGUCGCCAUCAAUAUCAAAAAUGAGGGUGGCUUGGCCUUGUUUAGUUGUUUAUGCUAUGAGCAUCGUAGUAGUGCAGGCUGCACUCUUAGUAGAGACGUUGAAAUUGAUCGAAGAGACCAACGAUAGAGGCCCUUAUUUAGGGUUGGUCAUUCCUAAUUCUUUCGAAAUGAACCCUCUUCUUCAAUCUCCAGAUUUCAUUUCAGCUAACCUGACUAUAGAUUUUUCUGGACGGAGAUUUCGGUUUGGAACAAUUUCUGAAAAGAAAGUCGUAUUAGUCAUGACAGGACUCUCCAUGAUUAAUGCAGGAAUAACCACUCAGCUCUUACUAAGCCUAUUCGAUAUAGAAGGAGUGGUGCAUUGUGGCAUAGCUGGCAAUGCAAACCCAGAUCUCCAUCUUGCAGAUGUGGUCAUUCCUCAGUACUGGGCACAUACCGCUCUUUGGAACUGGCAGAGAUAUGGAAAUGGGCCGGAAAAUGAGCUACCCCUUGAAUCACGAGGAGACUACACCAGAGAAAUUGGCUACUUAAAACUUGCAAACUAUACAAUCAACGUGACAGACUCAUCUGACAACCUGUUGAGCAACAUUUGGUAUCAACCGGAGGAAGUCUUCCCCGUCAAUGGAACUCCAGAACAUAGAGAGCAUGCCUUUUGGGUCCCUGUUGAUCCCUUCUACUAUGAAAUUUCCCAGAAGCUAGAGGAGAUGAAACUGGAAGGUUGCCUAAACUCAACAACAUGUUUGUCACAUAUACCAAAAGUGGCGAGAGUUCAAAGGGGAACAAGUGCAAGCAUUUACCUGGACAAUGCUGCUUACCGCGACUUGAUAUACAAUAAGUUCAACAUAACUCCGGUGGACAUGGAAAGUGCUUCCGUUGCCUUGAUAUGUCUUCAGCAAAAGGUGCCUUUCAUUGUCAUCAGGGCUCUCUCUGACUUGGCCGGCGGUGGCUCUGCGAAUUCGAAUGAGGCUGAUACUUUCAUCGCUCUUGCUUCCAAUAAUUCAGUCACAGUUCUUUUGGAAUUUGUCAAACAUUUAUCAGCUGUUACUGUCUCACGUACCGAGCAGCAUCUAGCUAGGUGUUGUGGUGAUGAAUUAUGAUGUUUAGUGCUGCAUGUGGUACUUUUAUUAGUGGCAUGCUCGGCUAUUUUGCUCUCUUCUGUGAUUAAUUGUAAAACUAAAAGGUAUGCACUUGGUGAAGAAACAAUACUGUUUGACGGUAAUAUUUUGUGAAUGUUAUUAAUCGUCGGUACCAUUUUCACAAGAG